ACGAAAACGUCAACGAUUAAAUAGGAAAUUUUGAGGGAUAAAAGUAUAAUGGGUGAUCGAAAAACCGAUGUUAAAAAUGAAACUGAUAGGAGAAGGAGACGUCACCUACUCCUCUCUCAUUGUCAAGGAAGUGGAGAUGCUAAUCUUCCUAUUUUGGAAUCAAUGAUGAAAUCAUACCUUACUGAUGACAUGAUGGAUAAGUUCCAUCUUGGUGGUAAGAAGAAGGAUUACCUCAGACAUUUAUUGAGUAAACAAGCUAAACAUGAGGGGGAUCGAAGUAGCAAGAAAAAAAUCGUAGAAAUGAGUCCUACGGUACCAGAAAAAAAUAUAUCGCAUCAAUUGAUGGUAAAAUAUGCUCAGAAUCUUCCAACGUAUGGUAUGGAUCGCCAUAUAUUGGAGAACAUUAAGAGAAUGGUAGGAAGGGAAGCAGUGUUAUAUCCUCAGAUUGUUGAAGAAAUGUUGGCCGAAACCAGGGAAAAUUUUCUGUAUGUUACACAUAAGAGUGGUGUCAAUAUGAAGACAAAACCUUUUGAUGAAUCGACUACCCGGUGUUCGCAAGAGCCUUACAAAUUCAUGGGAAAAACCGAUAGAUAUCACAAGUUUCUGAAGAAUAAGAAAAGGUUGCUUCAAAGAUGGUCACUCCACCUACCCUUAAUCAGAAGAAUUCUUAUUGAAUGUAGAACAACCCUUCCGAAUGUCCUCUUUGAGUUUGAAGCAUACCAUAGUGGACUGCACAACCUCGAUGAACUUACCUCAAUAUUCAACGAAAUGGCUGAUCAAGGAUAUAGAACUCUCAAAGUAUUUCAAGUGAAAAUUAUCGAUAUAAUUGAAAUGGAUAAAUCGCGGUUGAGGAUAUCCGAAACUAGGUAUUACGAUAUCUGUUCCCGUUUAUUGAGCGUGUAUAUAUCUAAGGUUGUUGCGAAUACAUUGGAGCAUAUUAUAGAAGUAACUGGAAAUGCAAGACGAGUCCCGUUCUUACUUCUUACUCUAAGAUUUGAAGGUCGGCUUGUAUUGCAGCCUUCAGCUGAAGAAACCAUAAAUGUUUAUAGGGAUUUUAUGAACAAAAUCGUACAGAUUAGCAGACUAUACGAAACCGUGAAAAAAGACAAUUACGGAUUUUUUCAAGAACAAAAAAUAUCGAUUUAUAUCACAACGGAAUUUUUCAAGUCAUGUCUUAGCCGUAUGAACAAAAAUAUAAAUACGUUGUAUGAACCUGUCUUGAAAUAUACCGAUGAUUUGGAUAAGCAAUUUUGUGAAAUCUACGAAGAAAUAAACACAGGAGCCGUUAAAAACGAAGAAGACAUGUCAUUUGAGAGAGGAUGCUCGCUAAUAGAACAUUACAGAGAGUAUUUCGAGAAAGCCCAGUUAAUCAGGUGUGAUGAGUAUUUCUCUAUAGGUGAGCUUGCAAUCUACGAAUAUCUAGAAACCCUACGAGAUUCAAUUCUUGUGGUUGAGGAGGAUCUUUUCCUACAACUAUCUUCACUCCACCAAUGGGAGAAUGAAGAUAUCAUAGAGUCAUUUCAAAUGAUAGAAACCAAAGCGUUACAAGUGCCCACAACAACUGAAGAGCUUAUUGAGCAAGGAAAAUAUGUUGUUUAUGUUAAAUCUACUUUAUUAGAAGAACUGAUAGAAAGAAUCAAGGCGAGUUUGAAAAGCUUGACCACUUUGAUAGAGUAUGGAACAUUAACGAAGGAACAUAUGGAUAUGAAUUCGACCACUGUGAAGUGGUUGAAAAGAAUUGGAGAAGUGCUUGAUAGAAACUCGGAGGUGUUCGAGCAGCUGAAGUUUGAGGCCGAGGAGUUUUUGCAUAAGACCAUGGAUGAGGUGAAGGAAAGAGUCAAGAAUUUGAUGCCGAAAUUGGAAAUUUUCAAUGCCAUGGAUGACUUUCAACAAGCAAGGCAAUAUAUGAAUGCUAUGGCUUCUAUGAUGGUUGAACUACGAGAUAUCGAUGGAAAGAUCUCUUGGAUAAGAAAAGAGGAAAGUUAUCUAGGGUUCAAACCAUCAUUUUAUCCUGAAUACACGGAUAUGAUUGCAUUUGUUUACCCUUUUUAUCAUCUACUCAAAAUUUGUAAGGAUCUGAAAAGAAAGCUACUUGUGUGGUUGGAUGGACAAUUCGAGUUUUUGGUUUUCGAAGAAGCCGAACAAAUUCUAGACGAUUUCUCAAGGGAAUACCUGAAGCAACAAAAGUUUUACAGAAGUGAAGUCAGACAAAGACAGAUUGAUAAAUCAUCGUUUCAGUUCGAAGGUCUGGUCGAGGAUAUAGAUGAAUUGAAGCAACCUUCUCCAAUCAAGUUGAUUUCUCAAGGUUUGCAAGAGAUAAAAAAAUUUAGACCAGCUAUGACUAUGAUGAGAAUAAUGUGUAAUCCAGCUUUAAUGGACCGUCACUGGAAAGAUAUGUCUGACAUCGCUGGCUUCAAUCUCACCCCUGAUGCUGGUACCAGUCUCCGGAAGAUGAUGAAAUUAGGAUUGGAGCCAAAUAUAGACCAGUACGAAGUUAUAAGUAUAGGCGCUACGAAAGAAAGAGAGCUGUUAAACAAUCUCACUAAAAUGCAAAACGAAUGGAAAGAGAUCAUGUUUAAGGUGAGCAGUUACAAGGACACAAAGCUACCCAUUCUAACAGCAUUAGAUGACAUCCAAGUGGUUCUUGACGAUCACAUCGUCAAAGCGCUCACUAUGAGAGGUUCUGUAUUCGUUAAACCAUACGAGGUCGAAGUGAGGACAUUCUACGAUAAAAUAUUGAGAAUAAAUAGAACGAUAGACGUAUUGGGAAAAGUUCAAUCUCAGUGGCUUUACCUCCUACCUAUUUUCUCCUCAAAAGAUAUUGUCAGUCAAAUGCCCGAGGAAGGUCUGCUCUUUAAAGAAGUCAACGAUACCUACAAGAGGUUCAUGGAUCAAGUUGUGAAAGAACCAUUAGUUUUUCAGACAGCUGGGGCUGCGGGGAUCUACGAAAUGAUGGAACACUGCCUAGAACUGUUGGAGGAAAUCAAUGAAGGAGUGACAGCGUAUUUAGAGCGGAAGAGAUUGUAUUUCCCACGUUUCUUCUUCUUGUCAAACGACGAAAUGCUAGAGAUACUCUCUGAAACGAAGGAUCCAUUGAGGGUACAGCCACACUUGAAGAAAUGUUUCGAAGCCAUAGAUAAAUUGGAGUUUGACGAGGCCCUACUAAUACAUGAAAUUAUAAGUGGAGAAGGUGAGAGAAUAAGAUUGAAGAAUAUCAUAAAUCCAAAGGAAGCUGGAGGUAGCGUUGAAAAAUGGUUGGUUUGGGUAGAAGAACAAAUGAUAUUAUCGGUCAGAGAACUGAUACUGAAGAGCAACAAGAGCUAUUUGAUGAUGCCAAGAAAUCAAUGGGUACAGAAGUGGCAGGGUCAAGUCGUCCUUGCUGUUUCACAAAUUCAAUGGACAACUAAUGUACACAACGCUCUCAAUAAGUUUGAAGGUAUGGAUAUCACAAGCUUCUUUGAGGAUCUCAAGGAACAGUUGCAAGAAAUUGUGGCUUUAAUAAGGGACCCAACUCUAUCUAUGCUCUCCAGGAUAACGAUAAAGGCUCUGAUUGUUAUUGAUGUACAUGCUAAAGAUGUCGUUGAAGAAAUGGUUAAGCAUGAUGUACAGGAUGAUAAGGAAUUCAAAUGGCUGUCACAGCUGAGAUACUACAUCCAAGAUGAUGAUUGCGUCGUGAAGCUUAUAAAUGCCUCCGUUAAAUAUGCCUACGAAUACCUGGGAAAUACCGAUAGGCUUGUUAUUACCCCACUCACAGAUAGGUGUUAUAGAACUCUUAUUGGUGCCUACCACCUACAUCUGAAUGGUGCCCCUGAAGGACCUGCGGGCACUGGCAAGACAGAAACGACUAAAGAUUUGGCCAAAGCUUUAGCAGUUCAAUGUGUGGUGUUCAAUUGCUCUGAUGGUUUGGACUAUAGAGCUAUGGGGAAGUUUUUCAAGGGGUUAGCUUCUUGUGGAGCUUGGGCUUGCUUCGACGAAUUCAACAGGAUAGAUAUAGAGGUAUUGUCUGUAGUAGCGCAGCAGAUUCUGUCCAUUAUUAUGGCGGUAAGAGCACACUUGAAGACCUUCAACUUUGAAGGAACUGAAUUGAAGCUGAACCCGAACUGUUAUGUUUGCAUCACUAUGAACCCUGGAUAUGCUGGUAGAUCAGAAUUGCCUGAUAACCUGAAGGUUCUGUUCCGAACUGUGGCAAUGAUGGUGCCAGAUUAUGCUAUGAUAGGAGAAAUAUCACUAUAUUCAUUCGGAUUCAUCGAUGCUCGAAAUUUAUCUGUGAAAAUAGUGACCACCUAUAGGUUGUGCUCUGAACAGCUCAGCUCCCAGAAUCACUACGAUUACGGCAUGAGAGCAGUAAAAUCAGUUCUUUCUGCGGCGGGCAACAACAAAAGAAGUUUUCCGAAUCUGAGAGAGCCCAUACUUCUCCUGAGAGCUAUUAUUGACGUGAAUCAGCCAAAAUUCCUAACGCAUGACCUACCGCUCUUUUCAGGAAUCAUAUCCGAUCUGUUUCCUGGUAUAAAAUUACCAAAAGCCGACUACACUGACCUGACGAAGGCCAUAAUAAAGUGCGCAAAGUCCAUGAAUCUGAAGCCAGUAGAUUGCUUUCAGGAGAAGAUCAUUCAGACCUACGAGAUGAUGAUCGUCAGGCAUGGAUUCAUGAUCGUUGGAGGUACAUUUGCCGGAAAAACCUCUACAUUGAAGGUACUGGCCAGCUCUUUGAGUCUGAUGAAAAGCAGGGGUCAUCCAGAAGAGUCUGUGAAAUACCAGUUUCUAAAUCCAAAAGCUAUCACCAUGGGACAGUUGUACGGACAGUUUGAUCCUGUGUCGUACGAGUGGUUCGACGGUGUUGUAUCCAACACUUAUAGGGGAUAUACCCAAGAUAUUUCGACUGACAGGAAAUGGAUCAUCUUUGACGGUCCAGUAGAUGCCGUCUGGAUAGAAAAUAUGAACAGUGCUUUGGACGACAAUAAGAAAUUGUGUUUGAUGUCCGGUGAAGUUAUGUCAAUGACGUCAUCCAUGUCGCUUAUAUUUGAAGUUAUGGAUUUAGAGCAGGCCUCACCAGCAACAGUUUCUCGAUGUGGAAUGAUUUAUAUGGAACCAGUGGCCUUGGGUUGGGGGCCUAUGUUCAACUCAUGGCUUACUACAUGUGAAGCAGAAUGGCUAAAAGGUAGAUCAGCUAUGGUUGUACAAAUUUUCAACUGGUUGGUGCCGCCAUCAUUGACUUUCAUAAAAAAGCACUGCGUUCAAUAUUGCAAUGCUGGAGACAUUGCUUUAGUAAAGAAUACAAUGAAGUUAUUCGAGAUUUUCAUGGACGAUGCGCAAAAAGGUAUUAAGAAGGAUGAAGAGUGGAAAUCGAUGAAUAUCUGGAUUGAAGCCUCUUUCAUUCAAGCUCUUUUGUGGGGUAUUGGUGGGAUACUGGACCAACAGUCAAGGGCAAAAUUUGAUGUUUUUUUGAAAAACAUUUUACAACUCGAAGACGAAACCAACCCCAUUCCUGAGGCACUGGAGAAAAUCGAAGUGGUAUUACCCGGAGACGACUUGAUGGUGAAUUAUUAUUACCAUUACAGGCAGAAAGGCUUAUGGAAGCACUGUCCGGAUUUGGUUAGAGGAGAGAGGGUAGACGAAGCGACUAAUCUACAGCAAGUUUUAGUACCGACUGUCGACACUAAAAAGUACAUGAGACUCGUCGAUAAGUUGAUCAAUUAUAAACAGCAGUUUCUUCUUGUCGGACCCACUGGAACGGGUAAAAGUUUCUAUAUCCAGGAUCAUCUAUUGAAUAAACUCAACACGGAAAAGUAUGAACCAGGCUUGAUCACAUUCACGGUUAAAAUCACUGCAAACCAAACUCAGGAUCUAAUUAUUUCUAAGGUCAAUAAAAAGAAAAGGGGUAUUUAUGGCCCUCCUGCUGGUAAAACAUCGGUUAUUUUCAUCGAUGAUGUGAAUAUGCCAGAGAAAGAAAUGUACGGAGCUCAACCACCAAUCGAGCUGUUGAGGCAGUUCUUCGACCACAAGACGUGGUUUGAUCUGAAGACCACGGAAUCAAUAACUUUGCACGAUAUGUUAUUCACUGCUGCCAUGGGUUUGGUUGGAGGAAGUAGGCAAGAUGUAUAUGCCAGGUUUUUGCGGCAUUUCAUAAUAUUCUCGAUCAAUGAAUUUUCUCAUGAAACUAUGGCGAAGAUCUACCAGAACAUACUCCUUCUGGGUUGGAAGAAUAAUGGUUUUCCUAGUGAUGUUAUAACUCAAGUCAACACAACAGUAGCUGCUAGCCUCGAGAUCUAUAAGAGUGCAAUAGAAAACCUACGACCCACUCCAUCGAAAAGCCACUAUGUGUUCAACCUUCGAGAUUUCUCCCGAUUGAUCUUAGGUUGUGCGAUGAUGAGAAAAGAAUCGAUAACGGAGGAAGUCGGUAAGAAGAUGUUUCCGAAGAUUUGGAUGCAUGAGGUUAUGAGGGUGAUCUACGAUAGGCUGAUAGACACAUCAGACAAGACUUGGCUUUUGGAUAAGGCAAAACAGGUGAUAAAAGAUGUAUUCAGGGAGAACUUCGAGAUGGUGUUUGAAAACCUACUGAAAGAACAAAAAGGAGAAACCGAGCAAGAAAUAUUCAAUCGACUUAUGUUUGGUUCAUAUUUCGACUUGGACACCUCAGAAGAAGAGAGAAAGUACGAGGAAUGUUCCAGUAUCGAAGUUUUUCGUGAUCUGGCAAACAACUUUUUAGCAGAGUUCAACAACACACACAAAACAAAAAUGGACAUAGUUUUAUUUGACUACGCCCUGGAACACCUUUCAAAAAUCUGCAGGAUCUUGGCCAUGCCAUCUGGAAGUGGUCUACUCGUUGGUAUCAGUGGUUCGGGCAGACAAUCCUUAACGAGACUGGCCAGCGAGAUUUAUCUCAUGAAGAUUUUUCAACCGGAAAUAACUAAAAAUUAUUCAUUAAACGAAUGGAGAGAUGAUAUAAAAAAGGUCUUAAAGGAAUCGGGAGGCAUGGGAAGGAACUGCACCCUCCUAAUUUCAGAGGGCCAGAUCAAAGAAGAAACCUUUUUACUCGAUAUAGACAGUCUACUCAACUCAGGGGAAGUCCCUAAUAUCUACCAACUGGAUGAAAAGCAGGAGAUCCUUGAUAUGGUUAGGUUGGCUGCACAAGGUGGCAACAGAAACCUGGAUGUUAGUGCAUUGACGGUGUUCUUUUUUUUCACGAGGAGAUGCAGAGAGAAGCUGCAUAUCAUUUUAUGCUUCAGCCCCGUUGGUUCCAAGUUCAGAAAUAGGCUUAGGUUGUUCCCAGCUCUUACAAAUUGCUGCACAAUAGAUUGGUUUGAUGACUGGCCUGCUUCUGCUUUAGAAGAAGUAGCCAAGAAUUGGAUUAACGAAGUGAACUUGUCACCAGAUAUUCAAGAAUCUUCCAUCAGAGCUUGCAAGCACUUUCAUGUCGAAAGUCGAAAAUUAUCGGACGAUUUUUUUAGCCAGUUCCAGCGUAAAACUUACAUAACGACAGCCUCCUAUUUGGAGUUAAUUAAGUCAUUUACAUCCUUAACGAAUACGAAGCAGGAGGAACUAAUGAAAGCCAAAAACAGAUAUUUGGGCGGUUUGGAAAAAUUGAAACAUGCUUCAGAGUCUAUCGCAGAAAUGCAGAAAGCCCUUGGAGAACUGCAACCACAAUUAGCAGUGAUGAGUGAAAAAGCCACCCAGAUGACGUUGAAGAUUGAAGAGGAAACGAUAACUGUAGAAAAAGCUGCAUCUAUGGUUAGAAAAGAUGAACGGGUGGCCAAUAGACAAGCUGCUGCAGCUCAGGCUUUGAAAAAGGAAUGCGAAGCCGAUUUAGCUUUAGCAAUGCCGAUCCUCAACGACGCCUUAUCCGCUUUGGACACUCUGAAACCUGCAGACAUAACUCUGGUCAAGUCAAUGAAAAAUCCGCCUGCUGCAGUCAAAUUGGUAAUGGCAGCAGUAUGUAUCAUUAAGGACGUCAAACCAGAUAGAAAACCCGAUCCUUCAACUGGAAGAAUGACGCUCGACUACUGGGGGCCAAGUAAAAAAAUACUGGGUGAUAUUAACUUCUUGCAAAAUCUUAAGGAUUUCGAUAAGGACCACAUUAAACCGGAAAUAAUGGCAAAAAUUCGAAAAGAAUUCAUCCCCCAUAAGGAUUUCAAACCACAAAUUGUCGCAAAGGCAUCUAGUGCUGCAGAGGGUCUUUGCAAAUGGAUUAUAGCCAUGGACCUAUACGACGACGUUAUCAAAAUAGUUGCCCCCAAAAAGGAAAAACUAGCCAAGGCCGAAUCUGAGUUUGCCCAUACGAUGGGUAUUUUAGAUGAGAAGAGGAACCAGCUCAAAAAACUAGAAGACGCUCUUGCGGAACUGAAUGAAAAGUUAGAUGAAGCCGUGAAACAACAAACUGAACUGCAGGACAACGUCAACCUAUGCAAUGACAAACUGCUUCGGGCCAAAAAACUAAUUGGAGGAUUAGGUGGAGAGAAAUCAAGAUGGACUGAAGCUGCAAACUCAUUACAACAAAAAUACGAUGGUCUAGCCGGAGACAUCUUACUGUCUUGCGGGAUAGUAGCCUAUUUAUCCCCCUUUGAUGCUAAUUUCAGGAAAAGGGCUAUAAAGAACUGGCAUGCGCACGUAAGAUCGUUACAGAUACCAUGCGAUGAAGAUUAUGAGUUGGCAAAAGUAUUAGGUUUCGAGGUUACUAUCCAGAAAUGGAACAUUUUCGGUUUACCAAGAGAUGCAUUCUCGAUCGAGAAUGGUAUAAUUCAAGAUAUAUCCAAGAGAUAUUCUCUGUUUAUCGAUCCACAGAGUCAGGCCAGUACGUGGAUCAAGAAAAUGGAAAAGAAAAAUUUUAUAGAAGUUGUGAAAUUCACUUACCCUGACUACAUGAAGAAAAUCGAAUCAUGCGUGCAAAAUGGAUAUCCAGUUCUCAUAGAAAGUGUUGAAGAGACUCUAGAAGCCCCUUUGGAUCCUCUGCUCUUCAAGAAAGUAUUCAAACAAGCUGGUAUGGAUGUUAUAGCUCUUGGUGAUAAUGUCAUAGCGUUCAACAAUAAGUUUCGCCUUUAUAUGUGUUCGAAAUUAAGAAAUCCUCAUUACUUACCGGAGGUUUUCAAUAAGGUGACCAUCAUUAACUUCGCACUCACUUUGGAUGGUCUGCAGGAUCAACUUCUUGGGAUAGUAGUUGCUGUUGAAAAACCGGAAUUACAACAGCUGAAGGAAGAACUUAUCGUGCAGAAAGCAGACAAUAGAGCGGCGCUUCUAAAGGUAGAAGGAGACAUCCUUCGAACUCUAGCAGAAACCAAAGGCGACAUUCUAGAAGACGAAAAAGCUAUUCAAGUUCUAGACGAAUCCAAGAAUCUUUCCACAGAAAUCAAUAUCAAACAAGAAAAAUCUUUAGUCAUAGAGAAAUCUAUCGAAGAGUUCAGACAGAAGUACCAAGCGGUGUCUGAACAUUCUUCCGUCCUCUACUACUGCAUCUCGGACAUGGCGAACGUAGAUCCCAUGUACCAGUACUCCCUAGAUUGGUUCAUCAACCUCUACAUAUCGUCCAUACAGAAGGCUGAAAAUUUCAGGCUGAUAGAAAAACGAGUUCAGAGUCUGAUAAAUGCGUUUACCUAUGACUUGUAUUCGAACAUAACGAGGUCAUUGUUUGAGAAAGAUAAACUUCUUUUCUCGUUCCUCCUGUGUUGUAAAAUCAUGAUCCAUCACGGAAAACUCCCCACACAGGACUUUAUGUUUCUUCUUACGGGUGGCGUAGUCAUAGAAAAUCCCCAUCCUAACCCGUUGAAAUGGUUGCCCAAUAAGUCUUGGGAUGAGAUGUGCAGGGCCCAGAGUAUGAAGCAGUUCGAAGGUAUCCAAGAAUCAUUUGAAAAGCACAGCAAAUCCUGGAAAAAAAUUUAUGACGAUGAUAUACCUUACAAUCACGCCCUUCCAGAACCCUGGGAUUCUCAAUUGCAACCCUUUGAUAUCCUCAUCAUAAUCAGGAUUCUGCGUCCUGAUAAACUUCUAGAAGCCAUAACGAACUUCGUGAUGAAAGAAGUUGGAAUGAAAUUCAUAACCCCACCACAAUUCAAUAUCGGCUUAUCUUUUUCGGACUCUUUCAACCUAUGUCCGUUGAUUUUUAUACUUUCUCCAGGAGUUGACCCAAUGGGACCACUCAUCAAAUUCGCAGAAGAACAAAAAUUUACAGAGCGGUUUACAUCAAUAUCUCUUGGUCAGGGACAAGGUCCUAGAGCUCAGGCACUCAUAGAGAAUGGAACACAGGAGGGUUGUUGGGUUUGCUUACAGAACUGCCAUCUUGCCACCUCUUGGAUGCCGACAUUAGAGAAGAUCUUCGAAAGUCUUGAUUACGCCAAUACUCACGAUUAUUUCAGACUUUGGUUGACUAGUUAUCCUUCUGAGAAAUUUCCAGUCACCUUGCUCCAGAAAGGUGUCAAGAUGACAAACGAGCCUCCUACAGGUCUUCAACAAAACCUUCUUAAAUCAUAUACAACAGAUCCAGUCAAAAAUCCUGAUUUUUUCAAUGGCUGUCCGGAAAAACCUGAUAUGUUUGCGAGAUUAAUAUAUGGCACAGCAUUUUUUCACGCUGUGGUUCAAGAAAGGCGAAGUUUUGGCGCUCUUGGUUGGAACAUUCCUUAUGGUUUCAACGAUUCAGAUUUCGAUAUCUCCGUUCAACAACUGAAAAUGUUCAUAAAUGAAAGUGAAGAUCCUUUUGAAGCCCUUUCAUAUCUUAUUGGUGAAUGUAACUAUGGGGGAAGAGUUACUGAUGAUUGGGAUAGAAGACUAAUAGUCACGAUAUUAGAUGACUUCAUCAAUAGAAGAUUGGCGGAGAGUAAUGCAUAUUCAUUCAAUUCCUCGUCCAAGUGCUAUGGAUUACCUGAGGAAAACACCUACGAAGCAUAUCUGAAUCACAUCACGCAGAUGCCGCAGAUCCAUCUUCCCGAGGUUUUCGGUCUCCAUAAGAAUGCGGGCAUAACAAAAGAUUUGGAGAAUUCAAAUAUCAUGCUCAGUUCAGUAUUUAAAGCUUCGGGAGGAAUAUCAUCAGGAGGCGUUGAAGAUACUGAUAAAUAUUUGAGAUCUCUUAUAUCAGAUAUCCUUCAGAAACUUCCUCCAAAUUUCGACAUAGAAGCUGCAAACAAAAAAUUUCCUGUAGAAUACUCAGAAUCGAUGAACACGGUUUUGGUUCAGGAAAUGGAGAGGUUCAAUAAAUUAUUGAAUAAGAUAAGAAACAGUCUACAAGAUAUGAAUAGGGCUAUCGAAGGUCUGGUGGCUAUGUCUCCAGAACUCGAGAGUUUUUCCAGCUCGCUUAUUUUGGCAAAAAUACCAUCCACUUGGCAGGCAGUUUCCUAUCCCAGCUUGAAGACCUUGCCAGCUUACAUUGAAGACUUCCUUAGAAGAACGAGUUUCUUACAGAAGUGGUUCACUGUUGGCAAACCAGAUUUGUUCUGGAUUUCGGGAUUUUUCUUCACGCAGGCCUUCUUAACAGGAGUCAAACAAAACAUGGCAAGAAAGUACACAAUUCCUAUCGAUAAGCUGACGUUUGAUUUCCAAGUCAUGAAGGACCAACCCCAUUCUGCUCCGGAAGAUGGUUCCUACAUAUUUGGCUUGCACACUGACGGUGCCAGAUGGGAUUCUACCGGAGGUCAGCUCGCCGAACUCUUUCCAAAAGUUCUACAUGACGUUAUGCCAAUAAUUUGGUUGAAGCCCAUCAAGAUGGAGGACCUGGUGGUUGGAUCAAGAUACACAAGUCCCGUUUACAAGACCUCGAACAGAAGAGGAGUACUAUCUACAACUGGACAUUCUACUAACUACGUUUUACCAAUUCUUCUAGAAACAAGGCAUCCAAUAUCCCACUGGAUUAAGAGGAGUGUCGCCCUCCUUUGUCAGUUGAACUAAAGGUCUUAUUCAUGUUAAGAUUUGGAAGGAUUUCUUUCAGCUAUAGUUUUAAUAUUAUUCGUAAAUUUUAUGAUAUACCUCUACAUGGAUAAACUAAGAGAAUAUCAUUGUUUGAGUUGAAAAUAGAUUUAGUUUCUGGAUUAUUAAGACCUCAAUGAAAUUGAAUAAUACGAAACAUGUUUUUCAUUGAAAUAAAUCUCUUUGAAAUAUUCAUAAUUGUAAGAUUUCCUAUAGUUCAGCUUUCCUUAUUGCUAGCUUUUGAAUGUUAUAACAUCGAAUUACAUAUUGAUUACUUGUUUGCAAUACCCAUAGUUACAGUUCUCCUCCCAUUUCUUUCAAAUUACAAUAACAAUGUGGUGGAUUGCUGAUGACCAAUUAAAUAAUGUACGCAGAUUCUCAAGAGUCCUGCUCCCCUAUCAACUCUCAAUUUGUUGA